AUGACUGCCAGAUGGGCGGACUGGGACAGCGCCGAGCGCGAAGCCUGGGACGUCUGGGAGCGAAAAGACUGGAACACAGCGAUAUUCGAAGGAGUCGACUCUGGAAACGAUGUUGACAACCUCUUCGGCGAUGCGGCAUAUGCACACGACACAUCUGAAUUUUUCGACGAUUAUUCGUUCCACGGCAGCUCCAUUCUGACUGAGCACGUUGGCGCAGAAGGCCCUUACUUCCGCUUGCUAAGGAUCAGGCCUGGACAAUUCGAGGCCGAUAUCCAUUGUGAUUUGAUAAAGCGUCCCAUCUAUGAGGCGGGUUUGGAAUACUCCGCGCUCUCUUACUCCUGGGGUCGAGACCCAAAGGCGGCCGCUAUAACCAUUGGGCCUCUCUCGCAGAGUUUCCGAAUCACAUGGCAUCUACUUGAAGCCUUGCGCCGACUGCGCAACGUAACCAGACUGGUGUACAUAUGGGUUGACGCCAUCUGCAUCAAUCAGAUGGAUCUGGAAGAAAAGGCGGCGCAAUCUUCAACCAAGCCGAAGAAGUCGUUGUGUGGCUUGGUAAAGACGUCAAGCCAAGACUCGAGUCCCUUCUAA